GUCGAGAAGCUCGGCCCGCUCGGCCCGCUCUACUUCUCCGUCGUCUACGUCCUCGCGGAGGUGCUCGCGCUGCCCGCCGUGCCCCUCACGGCCUCCGCGGGCUACCUCUUCGGCGCCGUCGAGGGCACGGCCGUCGUGCUCUUCUCGGCGACGAUCGCCGCGGGCGCGUCGUUUCUCAUCGGCCGGUCGCUGCUCCGCAAGUGGGUCGAGGGCAUCGCGGCGGAGUCGGAGCAGUUCCAGGCCAUCGACCGCGCCGUCGCCGCCGAGGGCUUCAAAAUCAUCCUCCUCCUGCGGCUCAGCCCCAUCUUCCCCUUCGCGCUGUCCAACUACUUCUACGGCCUCACGGCGGUGGAGUUCGGGCCCUACCUCGCCGCGACGCUGCUGGGCUUCGCGCCGGGCACGUUCCUCUACGUCUACUCGGGCGAGGUCGCGAGCCUCGUCACCGCGGCG